AUGGCAAUGAGAAAGAACAGACUCUUGGAGUGGCCGUUGUGCGUGUUCGUGGUUUGCGCGUUCUCAGUUUACCCUGUGGCCGGGCAGGUCCGCUACUCCAUCCCAGAGGAGAUGACCUUGGGAUCCUUCGUUGGAGAUAUAGCAAAAGAUCUGGGACUGGAGCCGCAACGGCUUGUAGCCGGGAGAGCGCGGAUUUUCAGCGCGGGCGACAGUGAGUACGUAGGGCUGGACCGAGAGAAAGGACAAUUGUUAGUGAAAGAGAGAAUGGACCGGGAACAGCUAUGUGCGGAGAUGCCCGCAUGUAGCUUCAGUUUCGAUGUGAUAUUAGAGAAUCCAAUGGAACUGUUUCGGGUUACAGUUGAAGUACUAGAUAUCAACGAUAAUAGCCCCGUCUUUCCGAAGAGAGACAUUGAAUUGGAAAUCAGCGAGUUAGCCGUACCUGGUGCGCGUUUCUCUAUCGAAAGCGCGGUAGACCAAGACGUGGGGGAAAAUGCACUUCAGAAAUACAUAUUAAACCCCACAGACCAUUUUAACCUUAAUAUUCAAGGUCGCAUAGAUGACAGUAAACACAUAGAGAUGGUACUUCAAAAACCUCUGGACAGAGAAAAGACAAAGCAUCACUAUUUGACUUUAACUGCUGUCGAUGGUGGAGACCCUCAGCGGUCUGGAACAGUUCAAAUUCACAUCGUCGUUCUCGAUGUUAAUGAUAAUGCCCCGGCAUUUAGCCAAGCUACAUAUAAAGCAUUUGUUCCAGAAAAUGCAGCGAAAGGCACAUUGAUUACCACAGUAAGUGCGACAGAUGCAGACGAGGGAUCUAGCGUCAUUAUAGAGUAUUAUUUUGAGCAUGCCACCAAAAGUAUUCAAGAGCUAUUCACAAUCGACCCGAUUUCAGGCGAGGUAAGAGUAGUAGGAGAUAUAGAUUAUGAAAAGAACAAACAAUUCCAAAUAAAGGUAAAAGCCAAAGAUCAUGGUGGCUUAACAGACUCAUGUGGCAUCGUUAUUGAUGUUAUUGAUAUUAACGAUAACAUCCCGAAAAUAACCGUCAUGUCAUUUUAUAGUGCCCUACCCGAGGACUCAGUCCCUGGCACUAUUAUAGCCAUGAUUAACAUCCAGGAUCUCGAUUCCGCGGAAAAUGCAAAGAUAACAUGUUCCAUUCAUAACAACCUUCCUUUCAAGAUGGAAUCAUCUUUAUCAAAUUACUACAAUCUGGUGACAGAAUCAGUAUUGGACAGAGAGCAGACAGCAGAGUAUAAUAUAACAAUCACGGCAGUAGAUGGAGGCAGUCCGCCGCUCUCAAGUAAAAAAACGCUCAGUUUAAAGAUAUCGGAUGUGAACGACCAUUCACCCCAAUUCCAACAAGAAAGCUAUGAUGCCUAUGUGUUUGAAAACAAUGUCCCUUCCCGGUCUUUCUUUUCUGUGAGGGCUACAGAUGCAGACCGGGGACCAAAUGCUAGGGUAUCAUAUUUCCUUGAGGAUGGAAGUUUAAACGGGGCUCCACUCUCCGCAUAUUUGACAGUAAAUUCCAACAGUGGGGUGCUUUACGCGGUGAAGCCCUUUGAUUAUGAGCAAAUCAAAUCUUUCAAAAUCAAUGUCAAAGCACAAGAUGGAGGCUCACCCCCAUUGAGUGGCAAUGUGACUAUAAACAUAUUCAUAAAAGAUGAGAACGACAAUGUGCCUCAGGUUCUCUACCCAGUACAGACGAGUAGCUCUCUGGUGGCUGAAAUGGUGCCUCGUUCAGCAGAUGUGGGAUAUCUUGUCACUAAAGUGGUGGCUGUUGAUGUGGACUCUGGACAGAAUGCCUGGCUCUCAUAUAAACUGCAGAAAGCGACAGACAGGGCGCUGUUUGAAGUAGGCCUACAGAAUGGAGAAAUAAGAACCAUACGCCAGGUCACUGAUAAAGAUGCUGUGAAACAAAAGCUCACUGUUAUAGUGGAGGACAACGGGCAGCCCUCUCGAUCAGCUACAGUCAAUGUGAACGUGGUGGUGGCGGACAGCUUCCCUGAAGUGCUCUCAGAAUUCACUGACUUCACAGUGGAUAGGGAAUAUGACAACAACCUGACUUUUUAUCUGGUGUUGGCCUUGGCUGUGGUCUCGGUUCUGUUCAUAUUCUCCAUCAUUGCCAUUGUCACAGUAAAAAUCUACAGAUGGAGACAGAAUCGAUUAUUCUAUAAAUCUGCAGCAAACCUCCCAGUUAUCCCAUUUUACCCUCCCGUUUACCCAGACGGAACCCUGGGAACCCUACAGCGUGUAUACAACUAUGAGGUGUGUGGAACCACUGACUCUAGGAUGAGUAAUGUGAAGUUUGCGAGGCCUUAUAGCCAGAACACACUGGUGGAUGUGAGUUGCAUGGGGACAAUGCAGAGAGAAAAUAGAGAGCAGGAGGAUGCUGAUGUUGAUGGAGAGCUGGCCUAUCAGUAA